ACAGGUAAAUUAUACAAUUUUGAAAAUAUAUUUGUUUAGGUGGUUGAAAAGUUGGGGGAUGCAUCUGUCCAGUGAAAAAGAGCAAAGGUCAACUGCAAAAGCACAGAAACUUGCUGAGAUUUCAAGUGAAGCAUUGCCUUUUGAAUUUGCAAAAUCAAAUCAAGCGUCGGAGAUACGACUGGCCUCAUGUGCACAAGUAUCAAGUUUAUCAUCAAUUGUGUAUUCCCAUCUUAAUGAAAAUUACAAGCAUGAACGCCUAAUAUGGCAUGAUAUCAUCCCUAAAGACGAAAUAUGGCUAAAGAUAGGUGGGGAUAAAGGUGGAGGGUCAUUCAAAAUGGCCUUUCAAAUUGCCAACACAGAAAAUCCGAAUGCAAAAAUGAACAYUGUUGUGUUUGCAGCAUUCGAAGCACCUGACAACCCCUGCAACAUCAAACUUGGGCUUGAUAAAUACACCUCAGAGGUAGAGAAGUUACAAGAGAAAACAUGGAGGAAUUUUAAACUGAAAGUAUUUGUGUUUGGGGACUACRCAUUUCUUUGUGCCCUUUAUGGGAUAUCAGGUGCUAGUGGGAAAUACUGUUGUCUAUGGUGCCUGAUUACAUUGUCGGAGCUGGCAUUACCAAAGGAUGAAAGAGGGUUAAAGAAGGAGAGGACACUUGAGGGCCUAAGAGCUGACAACAGGCAAUUUGAAAAGGCAGGGUCACUAUUGRGCAAAGCCAARCAACAUCACAAUKCUAUUAGGCCACCACUUAUAAAUGUCCCUAUAGAUCAGGUAUGCUUACCUGGAUUGCAUGUCAGUAUUGGCAUAUUUGAAAGACUUUAUACUCUUUUUGUUGAAUCCCUACAUACAUUAGAUGUAACCAUAGCCAAUGCUCUGGCAAAUAAAGACAAAAAGGUUAGUUUUCUUGCUAGUUCUCUAUAUCUCAACAUUAAGAUUAUUUGA